UAAAACAGUGUUUAAAUAUUUUCAAUUUAAUUUUUUCUGAAUUUUCAGAAAUAUACUGUGUAAAAUUAAAAAAUUAAUAAAAUCAUAAAAAUAGACAUAUUAUUGAUUAAAAAUCUUAUGUUUAUAAACAGAUAUAAAAUCAUUUAGUACUGUAUCGUUGAAUAAAGUGGAAUAUUCCCUUUGCCCGUGUUGUUCCAAGUGCCAACUUUUCAAUUCUAUAUUAUGUUAAUACUAACAUGGAUGUGUUAGUGCAAAAAAUAAUUUCAGACUCGGACGACGAAUUUUCAAAAAAUAUUAUUGCCUUUCAGAAAAAUUAUGGAAACCGAACAGUAUUUGAAGAACUCAAUAACGAUCAAUUACGUGAAAAAUUAUGGAAAACAUUGUUUCGUUGUUUAUCAGACAAUUCACAAUCAUUUCUUCAUUAUAAUUGUUUAUCCACUUUGCGGAUACUUAGCAGAGACAAAACAAAGUUAAACGAAUUAAUCACAGACGAAAGAUUAGGUAUUAUAUUAGAUAAUGCAGCUCUAAGGGACAUAAAUAUAAAUCUACGCAUCUAUAGCAAUGUUAAUAUUGAAGCUCUUAAAUUACUAUGUAAUUUAAUAUUCAAUAGUAUAAAGGUUCAAGAAUUAUUACCAAAAACACAUUGUUUACCAUGUCUAAUUGACCGUAUAAGAAAAUACAAUGAAAAAAUUCCAUAUGAAAUAAUGUUAUUUGAUACAAGAAUUAUAUUUCUAAUUACUGCUUUAAACAUUUCCACUAGACAAAUUGUUAAAACAGAAUUGAAUGGAGAUGAAUGUUUUAUAAAAAUGUUGGAGAAUAUAUGCAUUCAAUGUGAACAAGAUAAAUUAUAUUUUAUUAAGGAAGAUAAUGCAAUAUUAGUGUGUGAAAUUUUAAAAGCAUUAUUUAAUUUAUAUAUAAAUUCAGACAAUACAACAGAAGAAAAAAGUAAAAAUUUAGUUUCAAUUUUGAAUAAAUUAUUAUUAUUCAAAUCUAAGAAAGACAAUGAUCUUCAAAGCAACAUUGCAAAUUUAUUAACUGUGAUGCCAUAUAAUUGUUAUUCAGAAAUAAUAUCUCCUACCAAAGUGAAACACAAGCAAAUAUUCCAAAAUAUGGAUAUGAGUGCAGUAUUUGUUUUAUUAAAAUUUUUAGAUAGAAGACUAAAUUUUAAGGAUGACUUAAUAGGAAAUCUGAGUCCAAUUGUUACUGCUUUUAUCAGAAUGGUUAAAGCAGAGAGAUUAAUUCGAAAAUAUACCAGGCUACAGAUUUUACCUCCUUUAAAAGAUGUAAUGCAUCGCCCAGAAGAAGGAACUACUUUGAGGGCGAAGUUGUGUAAAUUAUUAACUUCUCCUUUGACAGAGUUACGAGAUCUCGUUGCCGAGUUUUUGUUCAUACUCUGUAAAGAAAAUGUUACUCGUAUGGUAAAAUAUACGGGAUAUGGAAAUGCUGCUGGAAUGUUUGCAAACAAAGGAUUGUUGGGACCGAAUAAAAAAAUUCGACCUGCUUAUUCUUCUGAAUCAGAAGAUAGUGAAACUGAAGAAUACUUGAAGCAUAAGGAACAAAUUAAUCCAGUAACUGGCUGUUUUGAACAUCCAAAACCUAAUCCUUUAGAAGGAAUGAGUGAGGAACAAAAAGAAUACGAAGCCUUACAACUCAUUGGCCUUGUUGAUAAGUUAACAAGGGAAGGUGUGGUACAGCCUUGUAGAAUUGGAGAUGAUGGAAAGCCAAAACCAAUUGAACAUGUCCUGGAAUUGCAAGAGGAACUACCAAAGCAACAAUAUAAUCAUCGAGACUCUGAUUCUGAUUGAAUGCUGAAAUAUUUGUAUAUAAAAUUGUAUGUAAGCACAAAUACAAAAUAAAAGUACUUAUGUGAAAUGUA